GCCGAAACAAGGUCAAACAAAUUGUUCAAUCUAUUUAUGAGAACGAUCGUAUGCAGUAACCCCGAAACCGCGUGAAUUGCGAGACGUGUGUUUAUUUAUUUUAUUAAUUUAUUUUUUAUAAUUGACUUGUGAUUAAAGGAAUAAAUAAUGAAGGCCAACGUUGUAACAAGUCGUUACGUAUUACCAGCUGUCCUACAAAAUGUUUACCAACGCCCAUCUCUUCGGUUGUAUACGUCGCCAGCAACGCAGGCUUCAUCAUCUUCGGUGCAAGCUAAACCGUUGUCAGAAAUACCUGGUCUCUCUUCGUUGCCCAUUAUCGGACCAUUACAUCAUUUUCUACCAGUCGUAGGUAAAAUAGGUCCACCAGAUAAUUUUGUUUCAUUGCUGGGUAAGUUCCACGAAGAAUUCGGGCCCAUAAUGAAGUUGGACGGCAUCUUCAGACGAUCCUGCAUGGUUAUAAUCUUUGAACCGGACUAUUAUCACCAGGUUUACAGAGCUGAAGACCCUAACCCUUUACGUCCGGGAUUUGAAUCGAUGGUAAAUUAUAAGACAAAAGACAACAUGACCGUAGCUGACGGGGUUUUUGGAUUGACUAUUUUACAGGGAGCGCAAUGGCGACAAUUCAGAACUAAAGUUAAUCCAGCCUUACUGAAGCCUAAGUUGGUAAAACUAUACGCACCAGCUCUCGAAGGAAUUGCUAAAGAUAUGGUUGAAAGAUUAACGAAGUUAUCGUAUGACUAUUUGGAAAACAACUUCGAUGUAGAAAUGACUAAGUUUUCUCUGGAGUCCAUCGGUCUUGUUGGCUUGGGUUCACGGCUAGGAGCGUUAGGAGAUGAUAUGACUGAUGACCAUCCGGCUAGGAAACUCAUGAAAUGUGCGAAGGAUAUACUUCAACUGUCAUUCAAGUUGGAAGUUGGUUUAAGUCCCUGGCGGUACAUCUCGACGCCGACCUACAGGAAACUUAUGCGGACCGUUGAUACGCAAUGGGAAGUGAGUAAAGUAUUCAUUGGAGAAGCAAGAAAACAAAUCACUGAAAGGGGCCAUGAUAUCCCGGAAGAAGAAAAGAGUAUUAUUGAGAAAUUGUUGGCUAUCGACGAGAAAGUAGCAAUAUCCAUGGCUAACGAAAUGUUGCUCGCUGGAAUUGAUACGGUAGCGUUUGCAACGACGAAUUUAUUAUACCGUUUAGGUACGAACCCUAAAGCGCAAGACAAGCUUCGUGAAGAAAUCCUAUCAGGCGAUAAUAACAGAAGAUAUCUCAGGGCAUGUCUUAAAGAGGCUCUACGGCUGAAUCCUGUUGUAUCGGCGAACUUGCGGCACACAGCAAAAGACCAUUAUGUUGCUGGUUAUCAUAUUCCUAAAGGGGUUGACGUCGUAGCUCCGAACGAAUAUCUAUCGAAGCUCGAAAAAUACUACCCUCAGCCAACAGAAUUUAUACCCGAGAGGUGGCUGGUUGAAAAGACACAUCCACUGUACUAUGGUAAUGCCCAUCCAAUGGUCACAUUGCCUUUCGGCUUUGGAGUGAGGAGUUGUAUUGGAAGGAGAAUUGCCGAGUUGGAAAUUGAGCUUUUGGUUGCUACAUUAGUGAAAGACUACUUAAUUAGAUGGGAAGGUCCCCCAUUGAAAAUUGUAACUAGAAUUAUGAAUAAGAUGGAAAAGCCAUACAACUUCAGAUUUGACCGUAUAAAUUGAUCUUUAUUUGUUUGUACAGAACAUUUAAAUCAAUGAAGCAUUUCACUUACACUUAUGAAAAAUGGAAAUAUAUACUUAUUGUUAUAAAGGU